GAGCCCCCUGUGGGCACCGAGCGGAGCAGCGCGGACGCGGAGACUUCCGCGGUCCGGGUGCAGGCGUGCUGGCGAGGACACGCGCUGCGCAAGCAGCUGCCUUCCAUCCUCGCCAGGUGGUACACGCACCGCGUCGACGAGGCCGUUCGGAAG